CGAAACGCAUAUACUGUCAGAUCACCCCUAGGAACUCUAAGUGCACCCCACGCUUACAUUACUGUUGAAAAGGACACGGAUCAAUUAGUUUAACGCACCAGUUGCUUUUAUAUGGCCAGGGGUCUUUAUAUUAUGUAAUGUGAAGAAUUUGUUAACAACACACCGUCAACAUUUUUAUCAUAUAUGUACUUUGCCAUAAAUCCUGAGCUUGACCUUGUUUUUUGCACUUCCAUCUCUUUGCGGUUUUUUGGUUGCAUCUAAAUAUUUGAAUGUAUUCAGGUGUUUUUUAUUAUUUUUAUUCUACUUUCCAAAAGUUAAUAUUGUUAUUGCGUGUUUCGACAUUUUGCUAUUAGCCGGAUAUACCAUGGCGAACCCAAGUAAUCAUGGGGCUGUAAGACCUGCACAAAAAAAAAAGAAUAAAAACGAAAGAAGCAACACCAAUGAUGUUGUUCACAUAACAGUUGCUGGAAGAAUAAUGCACGUUUACGCAUGAAGGGUCAAUGCUAAUAACACAAGAUACAAGAACGUCUCAUUUGGUUGGUUCUCCCAUCCGACUGGUUUUCUCAGAUUUUGCGUUGGAUAGUAUUUCACACAGUUUUCCCCCCCAGAGCCUCGCAAUAAAUAAGGUGAACUUACACAAUUGGAUACGGUUGUCACAGAAGCAUGCCGCCACGUUUCUUACUCAUUGCCUCUGAUUAUUAAAGCGUUUAUUGAAGUGAGACGUCAAGCAUAUACGGCGAGGAGCGGGAUCUUGGUUAUCAAGGAUGGGUUUGAAAUUCGAAUUUAUCAUCCUGAUUGCGUCGUCACUGACACUGUCUGUUGCAGGUCAGUGUAUCGAGGUGGGAUUUUCAGCCAGCUCAUAUACGUUUAAUGAAAAUAUUGGCACCGUCACCAUAUAUCUGAAACGUUCUUCGACUACUUUUGAAGCAUUUUCGCUCGAACUUCAAACAACGAAUAGAUCAGCAGUUCAAGGAAACGACUUCAGCUACACAAACCCCACAACUGUAUCCUUCGGUAUAUUGGUCAAUGAGGCUACCACUACUGUCUCUAUAACUAAUGACGUUAUUUAUGAAGACUCGGAAGAGUUCUACAUAAACAUCACUGGUGGAGCCGCCCCCAAGCCACUUUGUUACGCCAACCAGUUCGCCGUCAUCACUAUAACGGACGACGAUCAAGCUAAGAUUGGUUUCCAUGGCGAUGCAGUGAGACACGUUAAAGAGGGUGUAGGAAGUGUUAACGUCACGAUUGAGAACACGGGAUCCACCGCACAGUCCCACACCAUGGGUGUUCAAGCGGUCAGCGGAACAGCUGUAUCCGGGGUGGACUUUGAACCCUUACAAACCACCAUCAACAUCCCCCCCUCAGUCUCCACUUAUAACGUCACAGUCUACAUAACAGAUGACUUUGUCGUUGAGCCUAACAAGACGUUCUACUUAACCUUGAACAUCACUGACCCGGCGGUUUCCAAGGGAACUACUAACAUCACCUUUCACAUACUUAAUGACGACACCAGAGCGGUGAUGGGUUUCCAAGGCGACGUUGUUAGGUUCUUGAACGAGAGCGUUGGGAGUAUAAACGUGACGAUCGAAAACACUGGUUCCACGAAGCUACCAAUCAAUUUGAGUGUUCAAGCAGUUAGCGGAACAGCUGUAUCCGGGGUGGACUUUGAACCCUUACAAACCACCAUCAACAUCCCCCCCUCAGUCUCCACUUAUAACGUCACAGUCUACAUAACAGAUGACUUUGUCGUUGAGCCUAACAAGACGUUCUACUUAACCUUGAACAUCACUGACCCGGCGGUUUCCAAGGGAACUACUAACAUCACAUUUCACAUACUUAAUGACGACACCAGAGCGGUGAUAGGUUUCCAAGGCGACGUUGUUAGGUUCUUGAACGAGAGCGUUGGGAGUAUAAACGUGACGAUCGAAAACACUGGUUCCACGAAGCUACCAAUCAAUGUGAGUGUUCAAGCAGUUAGCGGAACAGCUGUAUCCGGGGUGGACUUUGAACCCUUACAAACCACCAUCAACAUCCCCCCGUCAAUUUCCACUUUCGACGUCAUGGUGCACAUUAUAGACGACUCGCGCCUUGAGGAAAACAAGACGUUCUACCUGACUAUAAGUGUCACCGAUCCGAUUAUUUCCCUGAAAAAUGCUAACAUCACCAUCAACGUGCUUAACGACGACACACAGGCUGACGUGGGGUUUAAAGGCUCAGUGCUGAGGUCUGUGCGAGAGGAUGCCGGCCUAGUCAACAUAACGGUGGAGAAACUCACGGCUUACGAUACUCCCGUCACUGUACAAGUGAAGGCGUACAAUGGUACAGCGUACCAAGGGAUUGAUUACAUGUUCUCGAACGAAACGAUCCGCCUUGGAGAAGGAGUGCGUAACUACACUUUCAGCGUGCAGAUCUUUGACGAUGAGAUCCUAGAGAACGAUAAAGAUUUUUUCUUAGUGUUAAGCAGUAACGACCCCAUUGCUAACCUUCGACAAACUUACAUCAAUCUAACCAUAGUUAACGAUGACAAUGCAACCAUUGGGUUCACAAGUUCAUCGGUCACUGUCGCUGAAAAUGCUGGAAACCUUUCCCUCCCCCUGACAGUCAAGUCUGGAAUCCUGGGAAUCCCCAUUGAGAUAACGUUCGCCAUUACUAACAUCAGUGCAAGCUCCAGCCGUGACCAUCGCCUGCACUAUUCAUCCGUGACUUUUACUCAAGAAGAGCCUUCCCAGCAUGCAACAGUCACCAUCAUCAAUGACGCCACCCUUGAAAACACCGAAUCGUUCAACAUAACCGCCACGACUACCUCACCCCACGUGACACUGAACUACAGUAGCGUGACAGUCACGAUAACAGACCACGGCGAUAAAGUGACCUUCGGUUUCGUCAACAAAACCGUGAGUGUGGCCGAGAGUGAGGGGAAUAUUACGCUGCUAGUGCGCAAGACCGGAAACACGUCAAUACCAUUGGACCUAGGUAUUUCAACAGUCAACCUGAAUGCGUCUGCGCCGGGCGACUUCACGCAUAAAGAAAUCGCCGACACCUUUGCUGUAAAUGAAGACUUGAAGAGCUACACAUUUGCAAUUCACGAUGAUCACGUGACCGAAGGCACUGAGUGUUUCAUAGUGAGGCUGAACGUUUCUCGAGCGAAUGUUCUGGUUGACCCGCGGGAUGCUGCUGUUUGUAUCACAGACAAUGAUAGAGUGAGCAUUAGUUUUGUUUACUUGAACAUCACUGUCGAAGAGCAGAAAGGCAGAGUCACAGUUCCUAUGAGAAAGACUGGACUGGCGGAGGUCCCCGUCUCAGUGAGGCUCAUAGAGGUUCAGAGCAUGGUGUGGACAGCAAUGAUUAAGGCCGACAUCCGGGAUUUCAAAGAUGACAUUAUCACGUUCGCCCCCGAGCAAACCGAAGUGUCUGCUAACAUCACGAUCGUGACCGACAGCAUAGCGGAAAGUGACGAGCUCUUUUCGAUUAGUUUCACCCCUGUAGACCCUACAAAGGCCGUGGUAAACACAACGCGGGAUACCUGUGUCGUGCGAAUAACCGAUGAGUAUGACAACGAAGAAGCAUUAAAGGCGAAACAGCAAAAGGAGAAAGAAAAGGAAACAUCCAGGAUUCUGCAGAUUAUACUGAUUGUUUGCAUAGUAGUGCUAGCUGUCACCUUAAUCGCUAUAAUCAUCGCAGCCGUUUGUCUUUGUAGAUUAGAACGUACUAGUCGCCCAUUGUAAUCGAGUCACGUAAAGGCAUCCGACAACACAGGCCCGUAGCCAGAGGGGUUCGGAGGGUUCGGACGAAACCCCCCCCACAAACACACACACACACACACACCCCAAAUUCGGCUUGAAGGUCCGCUAAGAGUUAACAAAAAAAUUUAACGUUUGGCCAGACAUAUCGUGCACAUCAAGCUGUCUUUAAAUAGAAUAUAAAGAUCUUUUUAAAAAUAAUUAUCUUUAUUAUUAUCAUAAAUGUGGACUUUAAAAGCACACUAGCAUACACACAUUGGCAUCCACCCUAUUAAUUCCAUUUUAAAUACAAUUGAAGUUAUUUGAAGUAUUGAUUGCCUUAUGUAGUAAGGCGAGGAGAGGCGUAUACCAGAAGUUUGGUCUGCUAAUAAAAAUGGAAAAAACUAACCAUCCCGCUUAAAAUCCUGGCUACGGGCCUGCAACACGGUAUUGUAAGGGACUCUGCAUCAUAUGACAAGGGGGGGAGGGUGGAUGAGGGAUGAAUUGGAUGAAUGGGGAGAGGACUUAAAAUUGUCGUUGACAAAAAGGCGUCCACCAAAUAUUGUUUACAGCAACAAACCUGACACGCACUAGAGUUUAGUUUCAUCUUGUUGGUACUUACGUAUUGUUUAUACUUACCUUGUUUGAAAACAUAAUUAACUUUUUGAA